UGUGUGCCACCAGUUAACAAUCGUGUGAUCGUUGAAACAUGGAGGAGAUGUCAAUAUCAGAAACGCUUACUUAGAUAUUUUAUGUGGUUAAAAGUCACUUAAUAAUGAGUCUGACGUCUUCAGAUGAAGUAAAACCAGAGGAUAUACACAAUUUGUUGGAACAUUGUGUGAAAACUGCACAUAAAGUCAAAGAUGGAGACAUCGAGGGUGAAUUCAUCAUGGAGAGAUGUCUUGUAUUAUUUUCAAAAGAUUAUAGAUAUUCGGUGAUCAAGAACUUUAGUGGAGAGCUCUGUGGACAUUAUCCAAGUAAAGUGGUUUUCCUGGAGUACCAGCUGUCGGAGGAAGAAAGAAACAACAGAAAAAGAUAUGAUGAUGUACAGAGCAUGUAUGAUGUGCCUAAAAUGCGGGACCUGAUUAAGCAGGCUCGGUAUGCCAGAUGCCGUUCUCGAUUUCCAGUUCCAGUUAUUCUGUUCGAAGGCAAGCAUGUGUGCCGCUCAGCUACCCUAGCCAGUGGAGCUGAAAUGUUGGGACGCACUGGCCUAGAUUUCCUCUUCUCACCCCCUGACAGGCCACAGGAAGAGGUGGCUGACCGUGGAGGGGGCUCGAACCCAGACACGCAUGACCGAUUCCGCGGACAUGACAUCAAAUUGUUAAAGUCGCUCACUAUCAAAUAUAUCUGUGAUUUGAUGGUGGAGAAAAAGAAAGUCAAGUUUGGGAUGAACAUAACUUCCUCAGAAAAAGUGGACAAGGAGAACCGCUAUGCUGAUUUUUGUAUUUUGUCUAUCCCUUAUCCAGGGUGUGAGUUCUUCAAGGAGUGGAAGGACAACUCGUAUUUUGGAGAGACAAUGAAAUUUGAUUGGAGUCAGGAUUAUGUUGAUGCGAAGUUGGACAUUCCAGAGGAUUCUUUACUGAACAAAUUGGGUGUGGAUUGGAAGAAAUAUAGGAAUUGGGACCUUAUUCAACAAACACAGAACUAUAUGAAGUUGUUUCUCCACAUCUUGAGAGAAGGGGACACAGGAGUCUUGAUCCACUGUAUCUCGGGCUGGGACCGGACCCCCAUGUUCAUCUCUCUCCUUCGCCUCUCCCUGUGGGCUGAUGGUGCCGCCCACACCUCCCUCUCCCCGACAGAGAUCUUGUACCUGACACUGGCCUAUGACUGGUAUCUCUUUGGUCAUAAUCUGCCAGACAGAGUAAACAAAGGGGAAGAGAUUCUAUUUUUCUGCUUUAAUUUCCUGACCUAUAUUACCUCGGAUGAAUUUUCUGUCAAAACUUCCAGUUCUGUCAGAAAAGUGAGUAGAACUGACUCUGAGUGCAAUAUGGAUGGAAUACUGUUAGAUACAGACCAUCGACGAUUUAGCAUACGUGGCAGUAACACGAGUAUUAGUAGUUUAGGUAGCUGUGGGUUUGAGAAUGCCCCUGUCUUCUUCACAACCAAUCCAGAAGAGGAUGCACAUUUUUCUAAUGGGAACCCCAGCGUCAGUAUAUCGGCGCGCUACUCCCCCGCGGCCAGCAGACUGACCUCGGACGUCUCCUCCCUCCACAACAUCCACUCGAGCCCCUCCUCCUCCAGUCCAAUGGCGGUCCCCAACAGUCUCCGCAAGGUGGACGCCACUCGCUCCGCCUCCCCUGGCUGUGGCAGUUGGCAGGUGGUGUCUAGCUGUGGCAGCCUGCGCGGUCUGGUGUCUUCCCAUGAUUCUCCACACUCCGUAGACUCCAGCAACAGUUCAGGAAAACUGAGCUACUGCCAAGAAGCAGUAGAAUAUGUUGAAACUACAAGACAUUCAAAGUUGGAUGCAGUGCGGCGAAUCUUCCACAAUGCUUACGUCAAUAAGAUUGCCACGAAAGCAGGGGGCAGUGGAGGAAUUGUUAACUUUCUGGACCAGUUUGCUGAGAAAGUGGGAAUCAGAAGUGGCAGGACUACUCAAGUGUAGCCAGUGUAUGAUAGUUAGGGAGCUGUAGAUUUUGAGUCAAAGACUUUAGUAAGCUGAGCUGUUCCUGAUGCUAUGUGUGUUGAGGGUCCACAGCUUCUGUGUGUGAGUCGUGUCUGAACCAGUGAGAAUGUACAUUUUUUGUGAUAACUUCUAUAUGUGAUAUCAUUUUAUUUCAUCACCAUACAUGACAUUUUGUUCAUAUGAAUAGAUGGUUUUUAGUUUUGUUUUAAUGAAGAAUAUAUGGUUUUUAUGAAAAGAUGCUAGAUUUUGUUUUUCAUAGUCACUGAAAUUCUUUUUGUUAUGAAUGAUUACAUGACUAAUUUACAAUAAACAGAAAUUUAUUACAUUAGCCAG